AUGAAGACCGCCCCGCUGUCGCCAGAGCCGCAGGCUUCUGGUGGCGAUUACAUGUAUUCUGACUUACCUCCUGUUUAUCUUGCGAGUACUUCGAUAACUCCUGAGUCCUCCAAGGGCGCGAAUGGCGAGACCCCUAACAUUUCGAAUGGCGAGAUUCCUCAUAUUACGAAUGGCGAGACACCAAAGGGUACGAAUGGCGACGAUGUCGGCGAGGCGUCAGAAGACAUCAAUGCCGCUUUUACGAAUUUGUCAUUUGAGAAGAUCACAUUUGACCAUAAGAAUGUCAGAUCUGGUAUUUCGGAGGAUGCUUGUCUCGCUCACCUCAAGCUCCUCCAUGCUAUCCAAGCUAUGAAGGAUGACAUUGGCUACACUGACGGACUGUGGAAUCUCUGGAAUAGUCGUGGUAAAUGGGCAUUGGAUGACUACCGCGUUGAUGCUGAUUGGCCCAUGAUUCGUGCGCUCGAAAAGACCAAUUCCGCAACUGUACUACUGGCCGGCCAAGCUAGAAUUCGCGAGAAGAGAUGGGCGUUGUUUGUUGCUCGUGCAGUUGAGCGAUAUGAAGAUUGGUGGUAUUCUCUUGCAGAAACUGACAUGUUGACUGAAAAGGACAUGGCAACACCUGAUGACCCCAAGUACAGAACGUUUACAAACCGCGGUGGAUUGAGAUGGAAGGAGAGCAUGCUACCACCUUUAGAUGUGUUGAUGGUCCUUCAUACGCACAUGCUCAAUCCUCGAGCUUUCCUUGAAGAUUCAAUACGACACGGGAUGGGCUCGUUUUGGCCUGCGGGUAUGCCAUGGGAAUUAAUACAUAAAGCCAUCGACACAGACUUCAAUUAUAAUGUAUCCCACCAAGCGAAGAUCAAUUGGGUUGCUAAAACUGGUCAUCGCUGGCGAAAUCAGGAUGACGACAUGGAGAAGAUACUCAAGUGUCCCUUCUGCCCAAGCAAGAAUGAGAUUCCGUGGACGACAUGCGGAAUGAAGGAAGAUGUGAAAGAUAUCGAGUUUACUGGACUGAUCGGUCAUGGCUACGGUGAUGGCAACUUUAACCACAGGUGUCCUAAUUGCCAAAAUGAAAACUAUAAAGAGCUUCUAUCAGUGACAAAAUUCGUUUCCGACGCUUCCGCUCUUCUAGUUCAAAAUGUGCCGAUGCCAGGCACCAUUCUUGAUCCAGGCAGUGGCCGUCCUGAGGUUGUGCCUGAAGGAACCAAGGGCGAGAGAUAUUAUAGGACAUUCCCCAACCGCAUGAUUAAACGAGAGUUACGAAGCAAAAUCGCCGAGCUGAUCAAACCGCCAUCUCAGACACCCAUCAUCAAAAAGUCCAAGAGCAAGGCUAAGAAAGACAAGAUAAAGAAAAAGGAUAAGAACAAAGAAGAAGAAGAAAACAAGGCCCCCGAGCGAUUAAAUAUAAAGGCAGUGAGAGAUAUGAUUCAACACAUUCUGGUGAGCCCCAAAAAGAUUCGAAACAUAGAUUCAGAAACAGGUUUGUUUGCCCGCUAUCAAAUACACACUUGGGCUGGUAUAUGCAUCCGCAAAAUGAUGAGCCGAUACUGGCAGAACUUUUCUCCAUUCGGUCUUGAUCUUUGCGCCGCUGUUAUGCGCCAGGGCGUCUUUGUCGAAAAGAUGGUCAAGAUAGACUGGCUUCAUAGCCCGACUGCGCGGGAUACUAUGAAGCGGCUCCUUGUCAAAUACGACCGCUUCUUGCAGAUUAUGAAGAAGCAUCCUGGAAAAGUUGUCGUGCCGACGCUGGAUAUCGAUCUGGCUUGGCAUACGCAUCAGCUUAUCCCUUCACACUAUUACUACUAUACAGUUUCGACGACUGGGAAAUUCAUCGACCACGACGACAAAAUUGACGAGGACAAGCUCAGCAGAUGCUUUGAAUGGACAACAAAGACUUACCAAGAUAUGUUUGAUGCUGUGUACAGCGAGUGCACCUGCUGGUAUUGUGAAACAAUUCGUUCCUCGCAAAUAUCGGCUGUGGGCAGACUUUUUGAGAAAUCCGCCCAUAUAUCUUACCAUAAUUCCGUAAAGACGAUCGAAACGGCAGAUCGAAGGAGAGUUACCGCACGAGCGCGUACUCGACAGCGCCAAUGGCUAGAUCAAGAGUACCAAAAGGCGGCAAAGAGAGCAGAGAGGAAGGGUCAGAAAUUCCCUGCCAAAGAAGACUACUUUACUCUUUGGGGUGCUCAAUACACUAUGUAUGGGCCGUAUCCUUUCCCGCCAUGGUUUGCUCCUGGGAUGUACUAUGGAUGGGAUCCAUCUACAAUUCACAACGGCCAAGGAGCGUGGGCGAACUGUGCUGCCGCGGCUUGCGGGAAUGGAGGCAUAGCGGCUGGCGCCUGUGGUGGUGCUGGAGGAUGUAAUAAUGGCAACGGAGGGAUAUGCGGAUCUAGCGGUGCUGGGGUUACUGCUGGUGGUGCUGGUGGUGCUGGUGCUGGUGGAGGAGGAUGUGGAGGAGGAGCCGGCUGUGGUGGUAGUUAG